UUCCCCCACCCACACUCUGUCUCUCUCACAUGCCUGACUUUUCAUUUCUAAAACUCUCCUCACGCGUCCACAGCUUCACCUCUUUCAUUCACUUGUUUUCAUGAUUGGACUCGCGGAUCUGCUCAGCGAACACCAUGAGGACCAAAGCCUUCCCAGUUCUGUCUUUACUCAUGCUGGCUCUCCUGAUUCCUGCAUCUUAUUCUAGUAAUUCAACACAAACUAGGCCCACCAAUUCCUCCUCUACUCUCUCAAACGACACAACAGCAUCUACUGAAGCUCCACCUUCUGUAAGUCCUUCAUCUAAUGCCACACAAGCAAAGGAAGAGGUCAGCACAGCCUCAACUCGGCCAUCAGUCUCAUCGCCACAAACCACUAAAGCGAGUGAACAUACCUCACCCGCAAACAAACCCGAUUCCUCCGGCAAUCUCAAAGUGGGCUUGACAGUUUUUAUUCUGCUGAUCAUUCUGGUGUUUGUGGGGGUUGUGGGAUGCCUCUACUACAUGAAGAGGCAGCAGCCAGGUCAGGAAAAUGCUGUCACCAGGUUUCUACUGGGUGUGAGAGACAGUCUGAGGACCAGGAUCGGUAACCUGGAGGACCGGAUGGGUGUUCGCCUGUGGCCUGGAGGGAAGACAGGAGAGGAGGAAGAUGUGGAGGAAGCAGACGAAGGACAGACAGAGGAGGCAGGACAGCAGAGAGACGGAGAUGGAGAAGGAGGACGUAGUGAAACGAGCAAUGAAAAUAAAGAAAAAGACAAGGAGGAAGACAGCGAAACUUCAGAUGACUGCUCCAGCGUGGAGGGUGAAGAUCUGAGGGAGAGUGUGCUGAACAGACAGGAGGAAGAGGAGAAGAACCAGAACGAGGCCGAGGACGACGAUGACACCAGCAGUGGAAGUGAUGAAGGUGAGAGUGCUGCAGAGGGAGACAGCGGUGGAGAUAAAAAGGCCGACUCAGAAGAGAUAGCGCUGAUGAACUGUCCACAGGAAGACGAUGAAAACAUUGAUUUAUGUGAUGUUACUGUGCUGUAGUGAAACAAAGCAUGAUUGGAAGAAGCAGGAAGGAAACAUAGUCAUGAUGGUUUUAAGAAUGUAGUUUUAUGGAAGCUUAGAGGUUUUCUGUUUGUCAUGUUUUUUCUGGCUAAACAAACUGAAGGUGUAAUGUAAUGUCAGAAUGUAUGAGAUGAUCUUCAAAUAAACUGUUCAAAUGUU